AUGGCGCCCGUUGAUCUUAAUAAUAGUAAUGUGCAGGUGGAGAAGUACGACUACAUCGUCAUCGGCGGUGGCAGCGGCGGCAGCGGAGCGGCGCGACGAGCGGCCGGCUGGUACAAGGCGAAGACGCUGAUCAUCGAGAACGGCCGGUCGGGCGGCUGCUGCGUGAAUGUCGGGUGCGUGCCGAAGAAGAUGACGUGGAACUUCUCGUCGAUCGCGGAGACGCUGCGCGACGGCGUGCACUACGGCUACGACAUCCCCGCGGACGUGCCGCGCGACUACGGCUUCUUCAAGCGCAAGCGCGACGCCGUCAUCGAGCGCCUGAAUGGCAUCUACGAGCGUAAUUGGAACCGCGAGGGCAUCGACCUGGUGCACGGCACGGCCACGUUCGUGGGGCCAAAGGAGCUGGAGGUGACGCUGCAGGACGGUGAGGGCAGCAGCAGCAGCAGCACCAGCAGCAGCAAGGCGGCGCGCCGUCGCUUCACGGCGCCGCACAUCCUGAUCGCGACCGGCGGGUACCCGAUCGUGCCGAAGACGCCGGGCGCCGAGCACGGCAUCACCAGCGACGAGUUCUUCGCGCUGGACGCGCUGCCGCGCAAGGUGGCGGUGGUGGGCUCGGGGUACAUCGGCGUGGAGCUGGCGGGCGUGAUGCACGCGGCCGGCGUGGAAACGCAUCUGUUCUGCCGCCAUGCGACGUUCCUGCGCAAGUUCGACCCGAUGAUCCAGCACACCAUGACCAAGCGCUACGAGGACGCGGGCAUGAAGAUCCACAAGAACUUCGCCGGCGUGCGUGAGGUGCAGCUGCUGCGCGAGGGCAAGGACGGCGCUGAGAAGCUGCUCCGCCUCGUGAUGAAUGAUGGCAGCGAGAUGGAGGUGAAUGAGCUGCUGUGGGCCAUUGGCCGCGCGCCCGCGGUCGAUAACCUGGGCCUGAAGGAUAUUGGCGUGCAGCAAGUCGCCGGCGGGCAUAUUGUGGUCGAUGAGUUCCAGAAUACCUCGGUCGAGGGCAUCUACGCGCUCGGCGAUGUCACUGGAAGGGCUGAACUGACGCCUGUUGCUAUUGCAGCCGGGCGGCAGCUCGGAAACCGCCUGUUCGGCCCUCCGGAGCUCAAGUCGUCCAAGCUGUGCUACGACAACAUCCCCACGGUCGUGUUCGCGCACCCCGAAGUGGGCUCAAUCGGGCUGACGGAGCCCGAGGCCGAGAAGGAGUACGGCAAGGACAAUUUGAAGAUCUACCACACCAAGUUCACGGCGAUGUUCUACGACAUGAUGCCGCCGGAGGAGAAGGCGCACAACCCGACGGAGAUGAAGCUGAUCUGCGCGGGGCCGGAGGAGAAGGUGGUUGGCCUGCAUAUCCUAGGCCUGGGCGUCGGCGAGAUGCUGCAAGGCUUUGGGGUCGCGGUGAAGAUGGGCGCGACCAAGAAGGAUUUUGACAGCUGUGUCGCGAUACAUCCUACGUCUGCGGAGGAAUUGGUUACGUUGAGAUGA